AUGGCGGACAAAUACCAGGUGGAAAGAUUACACCAGCUCUGUACACAGGCGUUCCAGAAAGGACUGAACCCGGAGAAUGCAUGCCGGCUCUUUGCCUCUGCCGCCCGCUUCCGGCUUGCAGACCUGCGCAGAAUGGCGCUGGAGGAGAUCUGGGUCGAUGCAGAAGAUGUGCUGCAGGAAUGCCCGAACGUAGGCCCUGAGCUGCUGGAGGAGAUCCUGGCUCCCGGCUUGCUCUGCUUGAGCCAUCCUGAUCUCAGGGUCGUCUUACAAAGGUGGCGCUCUGCCUUUGGCAGGAAGCGGAAGGCUGGUGAGGAAGCGACCUUGCCGUCGCCCUUGCAGCAGGUCGUCGAUAGACACUUGGAGCGCUUGGACGAUGAGAGUGCGCGCUUUUUGACGACAUAUGGGCCACACAUGAUGCGAUCAGUCAUGUCAGCCUGCGGCUCGGACAUCUUUGCCAAUCUUUUCUUUGACUACGAAAACUCAAACGACGGCACCGGUUCACUGUGCUUUCUCGGUUACUAUCUCCAGGUGGUUCUGGGACCAAGGAGCUGGGCCUUUCGUUCGAGAAACCCGGAGCCAUUGGAGGAGUACUUUGGUAAUCGUAAACCCUUCUCGCUGACCGGGGACUCAAUCUCGUGGAUGCUGCCUUAUGAAUCUGUCUAUCUCAUGGGCCUCUCUUUCGUCCUGGACAUGCCAGAGCAAGUCCACUGCCGGAUCUUCUGUUCCCAGGAUGGUGUGAGCUGGCAUCUCGCUGCCGACUCAGGAAAGUCCAAGAUCGAAGCCAGGACGGCGCUGACCCUCCACCGGCCCCCUCACCUCGUGAAGUGGUUUAAGCUCGAGGUUCUGGAAGGCGACUUUCACAACAACUUGCGCGUUCGAGGAAUCCGCAAGGACGAUCUUCCGGAGUUUCGGCAUGAGCUGGGCCUCAACAGCUACCUGGGAAGCUCCUCGUUGGCACUGAGUGGAGGGAAGAUGCCCGGCACCCAGAUCCAGGAUGGCGACCCCUUCGCAAGGUCUGGGACGAAUCGGGUGGCGAGGCUGCAGGAGCUGGAGCAUCGCCACAUUUGCCAAGUGAAGGACGCCUUCGAGGACGCGACCAGCGUGUAUCUGGUGAUGGAUCUCUGUCGGGGAAGCAACCUCAACAGCAUCACCCGGAGCAUGCGAAAUCGCCCCCUCAACGAAGCCCACGUUGCCGUCAUGGUGCACCAGAUGCUUCAGGCAGUGUGCCACCUGCACGGCGCCGGCUACGUGCACAGCGACAUCUGCCCAGAGAACUGGCUCUUUGACGAGCCCCUGGAGGGACAUAGCGCGUUUGCGAACAUGACCUUGAAGAUGAUCGACUUCGGCCUGGCGAAGAAGCACUCCAGGGAGCAAGUGCGAAAGCCCCAGCGGUACAGCCAUCUUAGCAUGGCCAGUUCGUGGGCCUCGGAUCGCCGUUCUUCGCAUGGGACCAGCCCCGGUCGCAGAAAGAGCGUGCUGUCCAUGGGCGACCGGUCGACACGUUCAACUCAGAGCCAGGAGCUACUCACAGGGGAGGAGCAGCGGCCCUGCCCCCUCUUCUGUCAGGCUCCCGAGCAGCUGGAGCCCGGCUAUGUCGCCCAGCGGAGCUGUGACGUUUGGGCGUUGGGUGUGAUCGCGUACUUUUUGCUCUCAGGGGCAUCCCCCUUCGAGCCCUCCAAAGGAGUUACCGACCCUUCCAACAACCUUGCCUUCAGAAACGCACGUUAUGUUUUCAUGCCAACGGAGGUCUGGCGUAACGUGAGCCGAGAGGCGAAAAGCUUCAUCGCUCUUUGCCUGGAGCUCGCGAAGAAAGUCGGGGAAGCUUGCGGCGAAGACUACGAGUGCGUUUCGCAGUCCUGUUCACCGGAGCUCAAGACAUGCGAAUCAAGAUGUCCACCUACUGACGACUGGUGCUGGUACGAGACACUGGACACGAAGUUCGCGGACACCUGCGAGGAUUGCAUGAGCUAUGAGUUCUUUGACGCUUCCGCGAAGUGGUGUGACCGCGAGGCUACCCCCGAUGGCUCCAAGAACAACGGCUGCCGACCAAAGAAGGAGGCAGGCGAAAGUUGCGGUGUAGACUACGAGUGCAUCUCGGGUCUUUGCCAAGAAGACAAGUGCUAUGACUACGUGCCUCACGAUUUCAAUGAGGACAAGCUUGAGAAGCCAAGCGCGCGGCCACCCGCCAAGACGCUGCUGGGCAUGCCUUGGAUGCAGAUGGCUCGAGGAGCACUCGAGAGCUCAAUGCGCCCCAGCAAGAACAUCCAGGUCGAUAUCAUCGGGAACGAUCUUGGCACUACGUACAGCUGCGUCGGCGUGUGGAAGAACGAUGGUGUGGAAAUCAUCGCCAACGAUCAGGGCAACCGAACGACUCCCUCCUACGUGGCCUUCACGGACACCGAGCGUUUGAUCGGCGACGCCGCCAAGAACCAGGUUGCACGCAACCCCGAGAACACGGUCUUCGACGCCAAGCGCCUGAUUGGCCGCAAGUUCCAGGACCCCAUCGUGCAGUCCGACAUCAAGCUGUGGCCCUUCAAGUGCGUCGCCGGCCCCAGCGACAAGCCGCUGAUCGUGGUCCAAGUGGAGGGCGAGGAAAAGAAAUUCCAUCCAGAAGAAAUUUCCUCCAUGGUGCUCCUGAAGAUGAAGGAGACUGCAGAGGCUUACCUCGGCACGAAGCUCAACGAUGCCGUGGUGACGGUUCCCGCAUACUUCAACGACUCGCAGCGUCAGGCCACCAAGGAUGCGGGCACCAUCUCAGGAAUGAACGUGCUGCGUAUCAUCAACGAGCCAACUGCAGCGGCCAUUGCCUAUGGCCUGGACAAGAAGGGUUCCGGCGAAAGGAAUGUCCUCAUCUAUGAGCUUUGGCUUGCACGUUGCAGCCCUGAUAUGGGAGGUGGCACUUUCGAUGUCUCGCUCCUGACCAUCGAGGAUGGCAUUUUCGAGGUGAAGGCCACUGCUGGCGACACCCAUUUGGGCGGUGAGGACUUCGACAAUCGCGUGGUGGACUUCUGCAUGCAGGACUUCAAGCGCAAGAACCGUGGCAAGGACAUGGCAGGCAACCAGCGUGCCAUCCGACGUCUGCGAACGCAGUGCGAGCGGGCCAAGCGCACGCUCUCUUCCUCCACGCAGGCCACCAUCGAGAUCGACUCCCUCUUCGAGGGCAUCGACUACUCGUGCUCUUUGUCCCGUGCCCGGUUCGAGGAGUUGUGCAUGGACUACUUCCGCAACUCCAUGGGUCCUGUGGAGAAGUGCCUCAAGGACUCUGGCAUCGACAAGAAGAGUGUGCACGAUGUGGUGCUGGUCGGUGGCUCCACGCGCAUUCCCAAGGUGCAGUCCAUGAUCCAAGAGUUCUUCAAUGGCAAGGAGCCGAACAGGUCCAUCAACCCUGAUGAGGCAGUGGCCUAUGGUGCCGCAGUGCAGGCCGCUAUUCUGACUGGUGAGGGCUCGUCCCAGGUGCAGGACCUGCUGCUGCUGGACGUGACGCCUCUGUCCAUGGGUCUGGAGACCGCGGGUGGCGUGAUGACCAAGCUCAUCGAGCGCAACACUACCAUCCCGACGAAGAAGGCAAUGUCGGCCCAGACCUUCACCACCUACGCCGACAACCAGCCGGGCGUGUUGAUCCAGGUCUUCGAGGGCGAGCGUGCCAUGACGAAGGACAACAACUUGCUGGGCAAGUUCCACUUGGACGGCAUUCCGCCGGCCCCGCGUGGUGUGCCGCAGAUUGAGGUGACCUACGACAUCGAUGCCAACGGCAUUCUGAACGUCAGCGCUUCGGACAAGUCCACGGGCAAGUCCAAUCAGAUUACGAUCACCAACGAGAAGGGCCGCUUGUCGCAGUCCGAGAUCGACCGCAUGGUGCAGGAAGCAGAGAAGUUCCGCGCCGAAGACGAGGCCAACAAGCUGAAGAUCGAGGCGAAGAACGGCCUUGAGAACUACUGCUUCACCAUGCGCAACACCUUGAACGAGGAGAAACUGAAGGACAAGUUCGAGGGCGGCGACAAGGAGAAGAUCGAGAGCGCCGUGCAGGAGACCCUGGACUGGUUGGACAAGAACCAGCUCGCUGAGAAGGACGAGUUCGAGGCCAAGCAGAAGGAGCUCGAGGGCAUCGUGAACCCCAUCAUGAUGAAGGUCUACCAGGCGGCUGGCGGUGGCGGCAUGCCCGAGGGUGGCAUGCCCGGUGGCGGCAUGGGCGGCGCCCCCGGCGGCGCCAGCGGCCCGACCGUUGAGGAGGACCUUGGCACCACGUACAGCUGUGUGGGCGUGUGGAAGAACGAUGGCGUUGAAAUCAUCGCCAACGAUCAGGGCAACCGAACGACUCCCUCCUACGUGGCCUUCACGGACACCGAGCGUUUGAUCGGCGACGCCGCCAAGAACCAGGUUGCACGCAACCCCGAGAACACGGUCUUCGACGCCAAGCGCCUGAUUGGCCGCAAGUUCCAGGACCCCAUCGUGCAGUCCGACAUCAAGCUGUGGCCCUUCAAGUGCGUCGCCGGCCCCAGCGACAAGCCGCUGAUCGUGGUCCAAGUGGAGGGCGAGGAAAAGAAAUUCCAUCCAGAAGAAAUUUCCUCCAUGGUGCUCCUGAAGAUGAAGGAGACCGCAGAGGCUUACCUCGGCACGAAGCUCAACGAUGCCGUGGUGACGGUUCCCGCGUACUUCAACGACUCGCAGCGUCAGGCCACCAAGGAUGCGGGCACCAUCUCAGGAAUGAACGUGCUGCGUAUCAUCAACGAGCCAACUGCAGCGGCCAUUGCCUAUGGCCUGGACAAGAAGGGUUCCGGCGAAAGGAAUGUCCUCAUCUAUGAGCUUUGGCUUGCACGUUGCAGCCCUGAUAUGGGAGGUGGCACUUUCGAUGUCUCGCUCCUGACCAUCGAGGAUGGCAUUUUCGAGGUGAAGGCCACUGCUGGCGACACCCAUUUGGGCGGUGAGGACUUCGACAAUCGCGUGGUGGACUUCUGCAUGCAGGACUUCAAGCGCAAGAACCGUGGCAAGGACAUGGCAGGCAACCAGCGUGCCAUCCGACGUCUGCGAACGCAGUGCGAGCGGGCCAAGCGCACGCUCUCUUCCUCCACGCAGGCCACCAUCGAGAUCGACUCCCUCUUCGAGGGCAUCGACUACUCGUGCUCUUUGUCCCGUGCCCGGUUCGAGGAGUUGUGCAUGGACUACUUCCGCAACUCCAUGGGUCCUGUGGAGAAGUGCCUCAAGGACUCUGGCAUCGACAAGAAGAGUGUGCACGAUGUGGUGCUGGUCGGUGGCUCCACGCGCAUUCCCAAGGUGCAGUCCAUGAUCCAAGAGUUCUUCAAUGGCAAGGAGCCGAACAGGUCCAUCAACCCUGAUGAGGCAGUGGCCUAUGGUGCCGCAGUGCAGGCCGCUAUUCUGACUGGUGAGGGCUCGUCCCAGGUGCAGGACCUGCUGCUGCUGGACGUGACGCCUCUGUCCAUGGGUCUGGAGACCGCGGGUGGCGUGAUGACCAAGCUCAUCGAGCGCAACACUACCAUCCCGACGAAGAAGGCCCAGACCUUCACCACCUACGCCGACAACCAGCCGGGCGUGUUGAUCCAGGUCUUCGAGGGCGAGCGUGCCAUGACGAAGGACAACAACUUGCUGGGCAAGUUCCACUUGGACGGCAUUCCGCCGGCCCCGCGUGGUGUGCCGCAGAUUGAGGUGACCUACGACAUCGAUGCCAACGGCAUUCUGAACGUCAGCGCUUCGGACAAGUCCACGGGCAAGUCCAAUCAGAUUACGAUCACCAACGAGAAGGGCCGCUUGUCGCAGUCCGAGAUCGACCGCAUGGUGCAGGAAGCAGAGAAGUUCCGCGCCGAAGACGAGGCCAACAAGCUGAAGAUCGAGGCGAAGAACGGCCUUGAGAACUACUGCUUCACCAUGCGCAACACCUUGAACGAGGAGAAACUGAAGGACAAGUUCGAGGGCGGCGACAAGGAGAAGAUCGAGAGCGCCGUGCAGGAAACCCUGGACUGGUUGGACAAGAACCAGCUCGCUGAGAAGGACGAGUUCGAGGCCAAGCAGAAGGAGCUCGAGGGCAUCGUGAACCCCAUCAUGAUGAAGGUCUACCAGGCGGCUGGCGGUGGCGGCAUGCCCGAGGGUGGCAUGCCCGGUGGCGGCAUGGGCGGCGCCCCCGGCGGCGCCAGCGGCACCCCUCCAGAGACAGGAAUGUACCCCGGUGCUGUACAGUGCAUGCCGGAAAAGGACCUUGGCACCACGUACAGCUGUGUGGGCGUGUGGAAGAACGAUGGCGUUGAAAUCAUCGCCAACGAUCAGGGCAACCGAACGACUCCCUCCUACGUGGCCUUCACGGACACCGAGCGUUUGAUCGGCGACGCCGCCAAGAACCAGGUUGCACGCAACCCCGAGAACACGGUCUUCGACGCCAAGCGCCUGAUUGGCCGCAAGUUCCAGGACCCCAUCGUGCAGUCCGACAUCAAGCUGUGGCCCUUCAAGUGCGUCGCCGGCCCCAGCGACAAGCCGCUGAUCGUGGUCCAAGUGGAGGGCGAGGAAAAGAAAUUCCAUCCAGAAGAAAUUUCCUCCAUGGUGCUCCUGAAGAUGAAGGAGACCGCAGAGGCUUACCUCGGCACGAAGCUCAACGAUGCCGUGGUGACGGUUCCCGCAUACUUCAACGACUCGCAGCGUCAGGCCACCAAGGAUGCGGGCACCAUCUCAGGAAUGAACGUGCUGCGUAUCAUCAACGAGCCAACUGCAGCGGCCAUUGCCUAUGGCCUGGACAAGAAGGGUUCCGGCGAAAGGAAUGUCCUCAUCUAUGAUAUGGGAGGUGGCACUUUCGAUGUCUCGCUCCUGACCAUCGAGGAUGGCAUUUUCGAGGUGAAGGCCACUGCUGGCGACACCCAUUUGGGCGGUGAGGACUUCGACAAUCGCGUGGUGGACUUCUGCAUGCAGGACUUCAAGCGCAAGAACCGUGGCAAGGACAUGGCAGGCAACCAGCGUGCCAUCCGACGUCUGCGAACGCAGUGCGAGCGGGCCAAGCGCACGCUCUCUUCCUCCACGCAGGCCACCAUCGAGAUCGACUCCCUCUUCGAGGGCAUCGACUACUCGUGCUCUUUGUCCCGUGCCCGGUUCGAGGAGUUGUGCAUGGACUACUUCCGCAACUCCAUGGGUCCUGUGGAGAAGUGCCUCAAGGACUCUGGCAUCGACAAGAAGAGUGUGCACGAUGUGGUGCUGGUCGGUGGCUCCACGCGCAUUCCCAAGGUGCAGUCCAUGAUCCAAGAGUUCUUCAAUGGCAAGGAGCCAAACAGGUCCAUCAACCCUGAUGAGGCAGUGGCCUAUGGUGCCGCAGUGCAGGCCGCUAUUCUGACUGGUGAGGGCUCGUCCCAGGUGCAGGACCUGCUGCUGCUGGACGUGACGCCUCUGUCCAUGGGUCUGGAGACCGCGGGUGGCGUGAUGACCAAGCUCAUCGAGCGCAACACUACCAUCCCGACGAAGAAGGCCCAGACCUUCACCACCUACGCCGACAACCAGCCGGGCGUGUUGAUCCAGGUCUUCGAGGGCGAGCGUGCCAUGACGAAGGACAACAACUUGCUGGGCAAGUUCCACUUGGACGGCAUUCCGCCGGCCCCGCGUGGUGUGCCGCAGAUUGAGGUGACCUACGACAUCGAUGCCAACGGCAUUCUGAACGUCAGCGCUUCGGACAAGUCCACGGGCAAGUCCAAUCAGAUUACGAUCACCAACGAGAAGGGCCGCUUGUCGCAGUCCGAGAUCGACCGCAUGGUGCAGGAAGCAGAGAAGUUCCGCGCCGAAGACGAGGCCAACAAGCUGAAGAUCGAGGCGAAGAACGGCCUUGAGAACUACUGCUUCACCAUGCGCAACACCUUGAACGAGGAGAAACUGAAGGACAAGUUCGAGGGCGGCGACAAGGAGAAGAUCGAGAGCGCCGUGCAGGAGACCCUGGACUGGUUGGACAAGAACCAGCUUGCUGAGAAGGACGAGUUCGAGGCCAAGCAGAAGGAGCUCGAGGGCAUCGUGAACCCCAUCAUGAUGAAGGUCUACCAGGCGGCUGGCGGUGGCGGCAUGCCCGAGGGUGGCAUGCCCGGUGGCGGCAUGGGCGGCGCCCCCGGCGGCGCCAGCGGCCCGACCGUUGAGGAGGUUGACUAG